AUGUCUCGGAAAAACCGAGGUGUACGAGAUACAGCCAAAGAUAUUAUCCUUGGACUUGAACCUUCGGGUAGUGGACCCCGGGAACCUCGCGGUGGUUAUUUGUAUCGUACAGAAACUGCCGCAAAACCAUCAUCCAGCAGUUUACAACCAAUAAUAGUUGAAGGUGCUGAUCCUUCGAAAGUAAAUCGCCUUGAAAACCGUCUUGAAUCCCUGCAGCGGAAGCAGAGUGAACUAGUAAAUUCUGAAGCGGAAGCAAGAAGAAAACUAGAAAAAGAAUGUGACGAACUACGAAGAAAACUUUAUUCUAACGAUCUGUCGAGAGAUUUAGAUGAGCUGAGAAGACAGGUAGCGGCUUUAGAAACAAAGGUAAGAUCAUUAGCACAGGAAGUGGCAAUUACGAAAGCUGCAACUGAACAGCUCUCAAAAAGUCAGGUAUACAGAAACGAAGAACGUACACGUUAUACAGGAGACCAAAAUAGAACAGCCACCCAAAUAAAUGAUUUGGCUGAUCAGUUAUCCAAGCUGAAAUCUAUGUUUGAUGACCAAAUUUCUCGAAGAGCAACAGAUUCGCAAAAUAAUGCAAGCAGCAUGAGUUAUAUGCAAGAAAGUAUAAUGAAGGAUUUAAAUAAUAAAACAAGUGCAAUUAGCGAUAAAAUAGCCAAAAAAAAUCGUGAAUUAGAAGAACUUCGCACGGAAACAACAAAAAUGGAUGAAAAUUUUCAACGUCGGCUAUCAGAACUGGAAAAAAAAAUUAACGACGGCGAAGCACGGUAUAAAGACAAUUUCAGACGAGAAAAAAGAACACUUGAUAGUGAUUUUCGUAACAACCUAAGUUCACAAAAAGAAGCUAUUGAAAAGCUUCAGGCAAAGGAAGGAAGAGACAUGGAAGCAUGUACGAAAUCUGUUCAGGACCUUAAAAACCUUUUUGAAACUGAAAAACGUAGCGUCGGCGAACAUUUGGAACAACUAGAAAAAGAUUUUUCCAACUUUAAAAAGAAAUUGAAAAGUGAAAGCGAAAAGCUAAACACAGUUCUCACCGCAGAUAUCAAGACCAGAAGGACUCAUGAGAACGGAAUUCUUGCGAAAAUGGAUUAUAUGGAAACUCAGUUACGAGAAUACUUCGAUUCAUUAGCAAAAAACAUGAAUCAGUCAUCUGUCAAUUCUAAGGGUGCAACACCUGAUCUAAAUGCUCUACGUCGAGAAAUGGAAGGUAUCGCGGCUGAUAAAAGUAAAAUGAGCAUGGAAGGACUACUGAAACUUGAAGAAAAAAUACGUAAAAUAAAUAAAGAUUUUGCGCGAAAUAAUAGAGAAUUUCAAAAGAAACUGCAAAAGGCAAAUGAGAACGAAUUUACGGCAAACUUGAAACGUGAAGUGGCAAAGAUAAACAACUUGGAAAGAGAAAUGGAAGAUACUAGACGAAAGCUUACUGAAAAAAUAGAAACGCAAAUACCACAAGACUUGAACGAAUUAACAGCAAAAACCAAUCACAUUAAACAGCAGUUAAACGAACGUAUCGAUAAAGUGGAAGAAGAAAACUUUCGAGCUGUCAACGAUCUUCGGGAGAAACAAAACGCCAGAAACGAGGCAAUGCAAAAUCGUAAUCGAUCAGUCAGCGGUAAUGCAGGUGGUAAAAGGUCUAAUUCUGACCCAAAUAGGACAAGCGCUAGCGGGAGAAGACCAAACUCUGAUCCUAGCAAACAAACCGCAUCAAGAAGUGAUCCCGAAACUAGUUUAGCAGCAAUAAAGCCGUUAAAAAAAGACUUUGAACAGUAUAAAAUAGCUGUUAAAAAAUUAGCCGAAUCAGUUACAACAGUCAAAAACGUUUUGGAGCGGAAAAUUGUGGAAGAGAAGGAAAAGCGUGAAAAAGCCGUUGAAGAAUUGGCUUCGGUGGUGAACAAAAAGCCGGCGCAAAAUGCUCAACCUAAUGCAAAACAAAAAUAA